UACAGUGUUCUCUGUUGUUUGGUUCCUAAAAAAAAAAAGGUCCCUACUGGUUUACAAAUGCUGACGUGUUCUUUCACACAUUUGGUCUUAUCAAUAACCUGUGAGGAAGGGAAGAUGUGGAUUAAGAUCGGCAUUUUACAGUUGUUGAAUGUGAGGUUAAGAGCAGCCAUGCUGCUAGUCAGUGGCCCAUUUCACAUUAGAAUCCAGGUUUUCCUACUCUAAGUUUAGUGCUCUCGCUACUAUGCUGCCUGGGAUUCAUUCACUCAACAUUAUUGAAGUGCCUAGUUUGUAUUGGAGUCCUGGUGGCACAGUGGUUAAGAGCUCGGCUGCUAAUCAAAAGGUCAGCAGUUCGACUCCACCAGCUGCUCCUUGGAAACCCUAUGGGGCAGUUCUCCUCUGUCCUAUAGAGUUGCUAUGAGUUGGAAUUGACUUGAUGGCAGUGAGUUUGGUUUUUUUUUUUUUUUGGUUUGUGUCAGGCCCUGUUCUAUCCCUGGGCAUAUGGUGGUGGAGAGAUAGACAAGGUUCUUGUUCUCAUGCAGCUUACAUUCUGGUGGCAACAAACAGACAAAUAAACCAGUAAUGGACGAGAUAAUUUGGAAAGGGGUAAGUGCUGUGAAGACUAUAAACUAGUGCUGUCAGAGAGAGUAACCUCUGAAGAGGGUUUGGGGGGCUGCUAUCUCAGUUGGGUGGUCAGAGAAGACCUCUCUAGGGUGGUGACAUUUUUGCUGAGAUUUGUUACUAGGAAGGAGCUGGCCAUUUGAAGAUCUGGCAGAAAAAAACAGCAAGGUUAAAGGCCGCGAGGUGGGAACAAGCUUGAUAGGUUCCCAGAACUGGAAGAAGUCUAGAGUGACUGGAGCUGGGAGAGUGUGGGGGUGGGGCAGGGGCGGUGGGAAUGGAGAGGUGGGCAAAUGUGAGGAGGUCCUAGAUCGAUCGUAUAGAGCCUUGUAGGCUAGAGUAAGGAGGUGGGAUUUUAUUCUUAAAGCAAUGGGAGGCCACUGAAGGCUUUUUAAGAAGAGGAGUGCCAUGAUUUUUUAAAAAAUUACUGGCAUCCAUGUGGCCAGUGAAUUUUAGGGGGCAUAAGCGUGGCAUCCAAGAGACUAGUUAGGGGGCAAGGUACAAGGCCAUGUGGCCUUGUAGAGUGCUGGCAGUGGGGAUGGGGAAGCAGAGGGUUUGGGGAGGUAGAACUGGCAAAAUGGUGGGAGGGGGUAGAAUUAGAGGAAUUAAAAAUGACUCCUGGGUUUUUGAAACCCUGGCGGCUUAGAGGUUAAGAGUUCGGCUACUAACCCAAAGGUCGGCAGUUCAAAUCCACCAGGCAGUCCUUGGAAACCCCAUGAGUCAGUUCUACUCUGUCCUAUAGGGUCGCUACGAGUCAGAAUUGACUUGAUGGCAAUGGGUUCCUGGGUUUUUGGCCUGAGUAAUUCCAUAGAUGUUGGUGGUGCCAUCUGCCUCUAAAAUGAUGAGAGAGCUUUUUGGUCAAGUGCUCAGGAAGGAACGAUUAGCUUUGUUUACUCUGAACCUCUUGGAGGAGAGGCCAAGGUAUAAACAUACCUUAUAGUCUGGAAGGAGGAUAUCCCAGAUUAUGCUAAAGGAAGAUAGCCAGGUACAUCUAAUUGAAGCGUUUGCCUUGGACACCCCGAAGCCCUGCUUUUCUCGCAGUCUGGCUCUCUGCCAGCUUGUGGAGCGGCAGGUGUGGGCCUUGCUAGGGCAGUGCCCCUCUGUCUUGCGCUGUUGGCAUUGCUGUCCUGACUGGAUCUUUGGCGUGAUAGAGUCUGGCCAGCUCUGGGAGAGAGUGGAAUUGCUAGUGAAACAAGCUCUCAGUGCCCAAAAGGGCCAUACUCCUCCCUACCAAAGUGGUUCUUUCCUUGGCUGUGGAAUGACAUUUCUAAAGUUUCAGAGCUUUUGAUUUGGGAAUCCCCCCGAAAAGCUGCUGUGUUCUGCCAGAAUUCCUGGAGGAUCCUUGAAUGGACUAUCAUUCCUGAGCCAAGGAAUUCAAUCCUCCUUUUCAUAUAUUCCAGUAACUGCACUUGCAAAUUUAGGCAUGGUAAAUUGCAAAUAGUAAGUCUAAUAAUCUUACUACUACCACUUGUAUAGCUUUGUUUGGAGUUUAUAAUGCUCUUUCCUGUGCAUUCCCAUUUACUACUUUUCGGUCAUUUGAGAUCACGUGGAAUAUGUAUUAUCCCUAUUUACAGGUGAAGACUUUGCUAUGCAAUGAGGUCACUUGUUUUUUUGUUUUUGGUAAUAUUUUAUAGUGUUUUCAGUGCAGGUUUACACAGCAGUUUAGGUUCCCAUUCAACAAUUUCAACAUCAGUUGUUCAGUGACAUUGGUUACAUUCUUCACAAUGCGUGAACAUUCUCAUUAUUUCCGUUCACGUUGUUUUGUUUCCAUUAAUGUAGUUUGCCUGCCCCCUUACAGUCUCAUGUUUGUUUUAAAGUAAUUGUUGACUGUUUGAUCUCAUAUAGGUGUUUUUUUAAUUUGCGCUUUAACUGAAACUUUACAUAUCAAGUCAGUCUUUCAUACAAAAACUUACACACACCUUGCUAUAUACCCCUAGCUGCUUUCCCUUUAAUGAGAUAGUACACUCCUCCUCUCCACCCUUUAUUACCCGUGUCCAUUCAACCAGCUCAUGUCCCCUUCUGCCUUCUCAUCUUGCCUCCAGACAGGAGCUGCCCACAUAGUCUCAUGUGUCUGCUUGAGCCAAGAAGCUCACUCUUCACGAGUAUCAUUUUCUGUCUUAUUGUCCAGUCCAAUCCCUGUUUGAAGAGUUGGCUUCGGGAAUCGUUCCAGCCUUGGGCUAACAGAGGGUCUGGGGUCCAUGACCUCUGAGGUCCCUCCAGUUUCAGUCAGACCAUUAAGUCUGGUCUUUUUGUGAGAAUUUGAGGUCUGCAUCCCACUGUUCUCCUGUUCCAUCAGGGAUUCUCUGUUAUGUUCCCUGUUAGGGCAGGCAUCGUGGUAGCCAGGCACCAUCUAGUUCUUCCGGUCUCAGGCUGAUGUAGCCUCUGGUUUAUGUGCUCGUUUCUGUCUCUUGCGCUCAUAUUUACUUUGUGUCUUUGGUGUUCUUCAUUCUUCUUUGCGCCAGGUGGGUUGAGACCAAUUGAUGCAUCUUAGAUGGCUGCUUGCUAGCGUUUAAGACCCCAGAUGCCACUUACCAAAGUGGGAUGCAGAGUGUUUUUUUAAUACAUUUUGUUAUGCCAUUUGACCUAGAUGUCCCCUGAAACCAUGGUCCCCGGACCCCCGUCCUUGCUACUUUGGUCUUGCAAGCAUUUGGUCGUAUUCAGUAAACUUCUUUGCUUUUGAUUUAGUCCAGUUGUGCUGACCUCCCCUGUAUUGUAUGUUGUCUUUCCCUUCAUAUAGGUGAUUUUUAAAGGUGCAUAGUACCUACGGGAGAUAUUCAUUAUUUUUUUAGCAAUUUGUUAUUUAGGUACAAGGUGAACUCAGGUUAGUUUCGGUUCAAGGUCUGAAGAGUAUCUCAGGACAGUUGUCUCAGGGAGUUCUCCAAUCUCAACCAGUCUAGUAGGUCUAGUUCGCCCCCCCGCCCCAGAAAUUUGAGGUUCUGUUCCACGUAUUUCUCUCAUUCUUUCAGGGUCCAUCUGUUGUGGCCCUGAUUAGAACAGUCAUUAAUGGUACCUGGGCACCAUCUAGUUCUCCUGGUCUCAGGGUAGAUGAGGCCGUGGUUUGUGUAGACUGUUUGUCCUAGAGACUAGUUUCUUCCGUGAGUCUUUGGUUCCCUCUUUCUCUUUUGCUCCAGGUGAGUAGAGACCAAUAGUUGUUUCUUAGAUGGUCGGAGGUCACUUGUUUUUGCCAAUGGUAGUAAGCACCUGCUAAUUGCUGAGUUAGGUAGAUCCUUGCUGCUCAAAGUGUGCUCUGCACAACAGAGGAAUCUGUAACCCCCUGGGAGCUUGUUAGAAAUGCAACAUUUAGGCCUAGAUCUAAUACCAAAGUCUCCAUUUUACCAAGAUCUCUGGUGUUGCGUGUGCACAUUAAAGUUUGAGAUGCGCUGAUGUAGGUAAUAAGUAGCAAAAAAAGGACUUGAGAAUGAUAAUGAAAGUAAUAGUAAUUGCUAACAUUUAUUAACCCAACCCCUGAUUUAAGCACUUUACAUAUGUUGUCUCAUUUAAAUCUCAUAGAACCCUGUGAUAUGGGUACUAUUAUUAGUUCAUUUUCCAGAAGAGGAAAGUAAAGGUACAAAAAAGGCUAAUACUUCUCUAGAUCUGCUUGUUCUGAUCCUCUCUGUUGCUCUUUCUACCACCCACUCUGCGGCAUGAUGGAUCACUUUUACAUGGCCUUUCUUGUCAUGGGCUUGUAACUUCCACCAAACCAUUUUUGGAACUAUGCAAAUAAGGUACUUGUGGCCCUCCAAGGAGAUUGAACAGCUUUCUAAUAAUGCAAAUAAGGUGCAUGAAACCCUUUUGGAGGUGGGAACAUGCAAAUAAGGUAUAUGGAACCCUGAGGGGUUUGGUUAAUUUUGCCAUCCACUAGGGUUAAAAGAGAGCCAAUCCCAGAGCAGAGGGGGACCUCACUACCACCAAGAGGAAACGGGAGUGGAUUGUGUCCUUUGGACCCGGGGUCCCUGUGGUGAGUACCUCCUAGACCCAGGCGACAGAGAGCGAGCGGUAACACCGGAGACAGUGCAAGACGGUGAGAAGCAGUGGCAGAGAAAUGACGGCAGCAGAACCAGGAGACUGGUGUGAGACAGCGCAGUGGGCUUCCCAGACCAUGGAGCAGAGUGGUUACAAUGGGCGUGACAACCCAUGGAGUGAGAGAGCUGAGGAGGCUUCCUGGUGGAGUGGUAUGCCUUGUUGAUGGAGCUAGGCUUGCUGACCCACGGAGCGAGACAGUUGAGUGCUUUUGGACUGAGGCUUACUUGUGGAGUGGGGUACCCUUGGGCAAGGUGGAGCUAAAGAGCUUUGUAACACUUAACCUAGCAGGGCAGAGGCCAGGCCGAGGGGCCAAGGGCUGAGAAGCAGAGAGGCUGAGGGCCAGAGAGAGGCCUCCCUGCCAAAAGAGGCUGUCCUGACUGAAGUGCCGUAUCCUGAGUCAUUCCUGAUCCUGAAUUGUAACCUGUUACUUCCCUAAUAAACCCCAUAAUUGUGAGUAUUGUCUGAGUUCUGUGUGGCCAUUACAGUGAAUUAUCAAACCCAGGAGAGAAGUAGAGUGUGCCGUGGGAGGGAUGUCUGGUGUCAGAAUUGGUAAGAAGAUUGGAGAAUAGAGGUAUGUCUGAUCUCUAAUCUCAUGGAAAUCAGCCUUGGGCUGGUGUUGAUGCUGAUGAUUCUGUCAUCUCCCUUGUGAAGUUAGAGGAGGCCAGAUGUCCUCAUACCAUUUUUUUUACACUUGGUCAUCUAUUUUUCAGGUGGGCGGUGAUCACAUCCCUGGAUGUCUUGUCAAAGGCCUUUCUCUUCCAUACCUGGGACCUUAGCAUCGUGAGACAAUUUUGUAUUCAUAGCCUUCACAACUGACCCGCUUAGAGUUCAUCAUGUCAAAGUUAAAAAGCUCAGAGUCUGUCAGGGUGGUGGUUCGCUGUCGGCCCAUGAAUGGCAAGGAAAAGGCUGCUUCCUACGACAAGGUGGUGGAUGUGGAUGUGAAGCUGGGGCAGGUGUCUGUGAAGAACCCCAAAGGAGUGGCCCAUGAAAUGCCCAAGACCUUCACCUUUGAUGCAGUGUAUGACUGGAAUGCCAAGCAGUUUGAACUCUAUGAUGAGACGUUCCGACCGCUUGUGGACUCUGUCCUGCAGGGUUUCAAUGGGACAAUUUUUGCCUAUGGACAAACUGGGACUGGGAAAACCUACACAAUGGAAGGAGUUCGUGGUGACCCUGAAAAAAGGGGGGUCAUCCCUAACUCGUUUGAUCACAUCUUCACCCACAUUUCUCGAUCCCAGAAUCAACAAUACCUGGUCAGGGCUUCAUAUUUAGAGAUCUACCAGGAGGAGAUCCGAGAUCUGCUCUCAAAGGAUCAGACUAAAAGGCUUGAGCUCAAAGAGAGACCUGACACUGGAGUGUAUGUGAAAGACCUGUCUUCCUUUGUCACCAAGAGUGUGAAGGAGAUAGAGCACGUGAUGAAUGUGGGGAACCAGAACCGUUCGGUUGGUGCUACCAAUAUGAACGAGCACAGUUCACGUUCUCAUGCAAUUUUUGUUAUCACCAUUGAGUGCAGUGAGGUAGGCCUUGAUGGUGAAAACCAUAUCCGUGUGGGGAAAUUAAACCUUGUAGAUCUUGCUGGCAGUGAACGGCAAGCUAAGACCGGUGCUCAAGGGGAAAGAUUGAAGGAAGCGACCAAGAUCAACCUCUCCCUUUCAGCCUUAGGUAAUGUCAUCUCUGCCCUGGUGGAUGGCAAAAGCACUCACAUCCCAUACCGGGACUCAAAGCUUACGAGGCUUCUCCAAGAUUCCCUCGGUGGCAAUGCUAAAACUGUGAUGGUGGCCAACGUGGGGCCUGCUUCUUACAAUGUAGAAGAGACUCUGACCACUCUGAGAUAUGCCAACCGUGCCAAAAACAUUAAGAAUAAACCAAGGGUCAAUGAGGACCCUAAGGAUGCCCUUCUUCGAGAAUUUCAGGAAGAGAUUGCUCGGCUCAAGGCCCAGCUGGAAAAACGGUCCAUUGGCAGAAGGAAGAGGAGGGAGAAGCGGAGGGAAGGUGGAGGCAGCGGUGGGGGUGGGGAAGAGGAGGAGGAGGAGGGAGAAGAGGGUGAGGAGGAAGGGGAUGAUAAAGAUGAUUAUUGGCGGGAACAGCAAGAAAAACUGGAGAUUGAGAAGCGGGCCAUUAUAGAGGAUCACAGCUUGGUUGCAGAGGAGAAGAUGAGGCUGCUGAAGGAGAAGGAGAAGAAGAUGGAGGACCUGCGGCGGGAGAAGGAUGCUGCCGAGAUGCUGGGUGCCAAAAUCAAGGCCAUGGAGAGUAAGCUGCUUGUUGGAGGGAAAAAUAUAGUGGAUCAUACGAAUGAACAGCAGAAAAUCCUGGAGCAGAAACGGCAGGAAAUUGCAGAGCAGAAACGUCGAGAAAGAGAAAUCCAGCAACAGAUGGAAAGUCGAGAUGAGGAGACCUUGGAACUUAAAGAGACAUACAGCUCAUUGCAGCAAGAGGUGGACAUCAAGACCAAAAAACUCAAAAAGCUCUUCUCCAAGCUGCAGGCAGUGAAGGCUGAGAUCCACGACCUCCAAGAAGAACACAUCAAGGAGCGCCAAGAGCUGGAGCAGACCCAGAAUGAGCUCACCAGGGAGCUGAAACUCAAGCAUCUUAUUAUAGAAAACUUUAUCCCUCUGGAAGAAAAAAGUAAAAUUAUGAAUCGAUCUUUCUUUGAUGAAGAGGAGGAUCAUUGGAAAUUACACCCGAUAACCAGACUGGAGAACCAGCAGAUGAUGAAGCGGCCAGUCUCAGCUGUGGGAUACAAGAGGCCAUUGAGCCAACACGCAAGAAUGUCCAUGAUGAUUCGCCCUGAGGCUCGAUACAGGGCAGAAAACAUCGUGCUGUUGGAGCUGGACAUGCCCAGCCGAACCACCAGAGAUUACGAAGGCCCUGCCAUUGCCCCCAAAGUCCAGGCUGCGUUGGAUGCGGCUCUGCAGGAUGAAGAUGAGAUACAGGUGGAUGCGUCAUCCUUUGAAAGCACGGCAAAUAAGAAAUCCAAGGCCAGGCCUAAAAGUGGAAGGAAGUCGGGAUCCUCCUCGUCUUCCUCAGGAACCCCUGCAUCUCAGCUUUAUCCACAGUCUCGGGGCCUGGUUCCAAAGUAAAGCCAGUUCCUCCUCUCCCAGGGCAUAGACAGCAUUUGCCUUCUGAGAGAAGCCUGCAGAGAGGACUUGAGCCCAAACUCAGAACCAUUCCCCUGAGGAGAAGUGAUGGUCUCUUUGCAGAUUAACCGACUCAAUCUGGUCGAAACCUGCUGGUCCUAUUCUGGUACUCAGCUCCUCUGGAAAACCUCUUUUAAUUAGCAUCUCAGAAAUGCAUGGGGUAAGGUAAAAUGCGAUAGUCCCAAGUGGAGAGCAAGAGAAUGACCAGUGACCUUGCUUCCUUCUCCCUUUCCUUUUUCUCUCCCUUCCCUUCUUCUCUCCCUCACCUUCCCCCUGCCCUUCCCUCCUCUCUCCUCUCCUUUUCUAGCCUGUUCUCCACACUGGGCUCCCUUCUUGCGAACAGUAGGGCAGAAUCAGGAGUCACCCUAGCAGGACCAAGUCUUUGGAGCUUCAGGAUAAGAUGACAGUGAGGUUGAAAAGUGAAAGCCCUAGAACUUGAAUGGGUGCUUGUUCUCUUAGGUGGAAUCCAGGCCCCUCUUUGGGCAUGAUCUCUUUGGAUCCAGGCCCCAGGUGGGCAUGAUCAGCAAUCUCGCUUCCAUGCGUCUCAGUAAGAAGUAGAUCUGCCUUUGGGAUCUGCUAAAUGAGGAAAUCUUGCCCUAGGAAGCUACCAGUUCCUGCUCCUGAAGGAUUCAAUGUUGGAAGCACUAGAAAUAACAUUCCCUUUGCCUCCAAGGAGAGUUUAGGGAAAUGGCUUCUUUAACACCUCAAAACCAAGACUACUCGUAUCCUGUCAAAGGCCUACAUCUGUAAGCUGGUGCCAUGUCCAGACACCGUGUCGCUUCACUCUCCAUUUGUCACUCUUCAUUUGUGCACGUAUACUCCGAGCAUCUGCCUGGGCCUGCCGCUGUGUAGUGGGCCUGUCUUGUGGGGGAAGGGAGGCUGGCUCUGCCUUCUCUGACAGGACUAGGGCUGGGGAAGAAAGGUAGAGUGGCACUUUGGAAUUCCCCGUUUUAUUCCAUAUCAGCAUGGAGAGCAUAAGGGUGACCACGCAGACUCAGAGAUGGGGAGACCUGAGACUCAGUGCUAUAGGAAGGGGAGACACAACAGAUGGAAGCAAAGAACUGUCUGCUUGCAACAGAAAGCCACCUACCCCUAGAGCUCUGGGUUCCCCCCAGGUGGAGCCUGAGAUGGUGGCAAGGAGCAGCUGCACGAGUGAAUAGGCUCAGAGGAGACUUAGGAAUUCCCGUUUACAUAUACUAGUUUGGUUUCUAAGUUUUAGUUUUUUGUAUUAUUGAGAUUGAAAACUUCGUUUUAUGUUGGUCAUUAGGUCAAUGUUAUUCAUUUUUUUCCCCAAGAGAAGCUCACAAGUGUGUGUGGGUGUGUAAGCCCGAGGAUGCCUGUGUUCUGUGAGUAUGUCCAUGUAUGUCUGUGAGAGAGAAAAAGACCAAGAACUUGCCCAAGUUUAGAAAUACAGUAAUGUGUGGGUAUUGCCUUUUGUCUGUACUAAAGGCCCUUUGAAUGACUAAUCUAGGCUGGAAGCACUCCCAUGUGGGUGUCUGAGACCAUGAGCCAAGCCUGAGGGGACAGUAUGAGUCCCCAGGUCUGCCACACUGGCGCACCUUGCUGGCAUGGUGCCCCAGGAAGAUGGCGACUCAGGUGGGCCUUGGGUUGUAUUUUAACUCAGCUGCUCAGUUCCCAGGGCACAUUUCUGGAUCAGAACCCAUGGGAAAGAGUAGGUACCAAGUGCAAUGUCUUAAGCAUUCUGCGAAAUGGAGAUGUGUCGUCUGGCAGCUUGUCUCCUUUUUAGUAACCGUUGUUUCUGAACCCAGGCCCCUUUUUAGCAGUUCCUAGAGCAUAAUGGAGCCUUUCCUUAUCCUUUCUUGGGGUCAAACCUGGUUUCCUUCUGAUUUACUAAGAAAUUGCCUAUUUGAGUGGAACCAAAUGAUGAGGUGUAUAGCCUAAGAUGGUUAUCUGCAGGUUAUACCUGUCUCUCACACCACAUUUCCUCAAAGCUAGUGUGAAUUCUGUAGGUUGAAAGUACUCAUUCUAGCAAAUCUGAGAAUUGAAAACUGCAGAUAGCACUACACCUAAAUACUGAUGUCUCGAGGUGGCUAUUCUGAGCAAGAGUAGUUGAAUGACACACAAGCUUUUCUAAGGAGGCAAAAGAAGAAAGCAAAGUUGAUAGAAUUAUAAAAACAAGCUUGCCUUGUACUUAGCUGUGUUCAUCUCCUAGUGGUCUGUGGAAACACAGUAAAAGGAAACCCUCGAGGCAAGUGAUGCGGCCCCUUCCCAAGCAGCCUCUGGUGCUUUUCUUCCCUCAAAAUGGAUUCCAUAAAUAUUUGAAUAGAGGAGACGGUAGAAUGUCUUGCUGCUGCCAGAAAGCUGCUGCUUUAGGUUCUGAAUUGAGCGAAAUGUGUAGAGGACCUAUCAAACCCACUGAGGGGCCAGGUUUUCAUAUCUGCAGUCAUGCUAGAAUGUUCCGAGCCAUCUGAGGGCUUUCAUACCAGAAGCAGCUAGUGACGUCUGAAAACAAGUCUACAGAAUUUAAGAAGGUCCUCUGGGAAAAGGGGUUUCAGCCUGUGUGCAACUCUCAUCAGACCCCGAUUUGCUCUGAUUGGUAGGAAAUAUCUGGCUUUGUACUUUAACAUCUCCCAGACCCGUGCAUUCAGAACCCAAGGCCACAAAUCAUAGGCAUGAUGCACUUUCUUAAGACUCUGACCUAACGUUGGAUUGUUCCCUGUCUAAUGCCUGCAUGCUGCUUGAAUUGCUCCACCCACACCUCCAAGACCAAGGGCGCCAGAGAGUUCUGCUGCGCAGGCAUGGGCCUCUCUCUGCUCUUCCUGUCUGACUCUUUUAAGUCCCCCCUUACUGAAUGUAGAAUUGUUGCCAAGUUUCUGAGAAGUGUCUUUUCCCUGUGAACAUGGGAUAUCAGUUCUGCCUCACGUUUCUCAUAUGGGGUUGAGGCUUACUGCAAACAACACCUUGGACCAUCUAAAUGCCAUCAGUGGAUAAAAUUGAGGCUAUUAAUAUACUCUAAAAGCCAUAAUAAAAAUGCUUGGAGGGAACUGGAUAAGAAUAGUGGGCCUGGCUAUUGUCUGUCAUGCAAGGCUUUGUCUUGUACUGUUCGGAACUUUGCCACCUUUCUCCCGCCCUUAUUUCUGGAAUGAAAUGUCUUUGAUGUUAUGAGUGAUCCUGGGGCAGGCAGGGGGCAGUGGUCUUCAUGGCUCCUUGGAGUUACUGUUGAUCUUGACCUUCUCUUUGGCUACCUUUAGACAAAGAAUAUGCCAAUACUUGGGGCUCUAAGUUUUUCAAUUGCUAUUUAUUUGUAUCAUCUCUUUGUCUAGGAAUGUAAAGUGAUUCUAAACUAAGAUGCGUAAUAAAAAUCAAUCAGAUUUAUUGUACCUACAAAAAAGUGUCCUCAUAAAUGACUAACGCUUUUGAAAAUGGCAUGGGUGUGGCUGACACACCACCACUUUCUUUAAGCAGUUUAAUUGUCUAAUGAGAGAACUGUGGGAGUAGAAAAAUGAAGGUUGAGUUGAAAUGCUGGUAUUUUAAAAAAAUGUAGCAACAAGGAAAAGGAACCUAAAAUGAAGAAAGGCAGAGUGACAAAUAAGUGCUUUUCCACGCGGUUCCUGAGACAGAGGUCUGGGAACAGGCAUGAAAUUUCUUUGAACUUUGGUGUUUUAAUUUCUGUUAAAUUUAUUAUACAUUGUACUGUAAAAUAUAAAAGCAUAAAACAUAAAAGCAGUUUAUUACUUACCAUCUGGAAAAAAACACAGAAAAAUGGGCCACACAUUUGUCUUGUGGUUUCUCAUGCCCAGGCCUGCUGGAAGCUUACCCCUGGGGGGUUGUGCACCUCACUUGACAAGUAGGGACUGAGUAGAAUGAACACAGCCUGGACUCUGAGCUGGGUUUGAUUUCUGGUUCUGCCGCUGCUUACUGGCUGUGUGACUAUGAGGAAUUUAAUUUACCUCUUUGAGCCUUGGGGUCCUUGUCUGUAAAAUGCGGUGGCAGUCUCCACCUUGUAGGGCCAUUGUGAGGAUUAGAAAUACAUUUAAAGCGACAAGCACAGUAGAUGGCCUAGAGCAGACAUUUAAAAAUGUCAUUGCUGUGAUGGGGCCCUGUGUUUAGAUGACACCAUGAACAACUUGUGUCCUACUAGAAGCCAGUCCUGAUCAUACCAGAUCCAGAAAAAUCUUAGGCCUCUAUAGAAAAGAUGCUAACCAUUUAUUACUUAUGUAUUGAGUACCUACUAUGUACCAAGCUGUUCUAGGCACUGAUGUGAGCAACACAGCUGUGGUCCUUGCCCUCAUGGAGCUUACCACGUUAAUCGGGGUGGGGGGAAUUAACAAAAAGCACACAAAUAUGUAAUUACAAAUUGUGACAAGUGCCAUGAAGGGCCUAAUUUAGACUGAAGUGGAUGGGUACGAGAAGGGCUUUCUGAAGAAAUGGCAUUUACAGUGUCAUCUAGAGGAUAAGAAGGAGUUAGCUGGGCAAGAGAGGAGGGAAGGAAUUUGUGAAGGAACAGAGGGAACAGCAUUUGCAAAGACCUUGUAUAACAACAAAAAAAAGUGGAAUUUCACGAGAAGGUACCUGCAGCCCUUACCCUCAAUAGACGGACGUUGGCGAGCUAGUGUAGAAAACAUUACAGUAUAAGACUUUAAAAAAAAAUCAAGAAAUUUAAAGAGCACAGAGAAGACAGGUGCCUAUGUGACUUAGGCAAAAAAUUUUUAAUCAUGUUUCCUCAUGAGAU